UAAUUGGAAAAGAAAUUAAGUGUCCUUUCCUUUUUAUUUUUUAUUUUCCUUUUCAAAGGGUAUAGGAAAUGGAGAAAGAAAAAGAAGAAGAAGAAGCUAGUUUGCUUGCUCCUCUUUUCUCGCGAUUGUUUUUUCCGUCAAACUAUUUUCUUAUCUGAGUCACAGAUUUUCUCGGAAUCCAAACACCCUUUGUCUGAAUCUCCCUUUUGCUGAGAUCUACCCUCUCUUUCAUUGAUGGGUUUUUCUUUAGCAGUGAACUGGUAAACCUGCUGCAAAUGAAAGCAUUUGGAGAAGUUAAAGUUAGUAUUUGCUAUUUUGAUGAGUGCAUCUCAACCCAGAAGCCACAUAAUGAAUCACUUGACCAUUGAAACUGAAGAUUCUUUUGCAAGCUUGCUUGAGCUUGCAGCUAAUAACGAUGUUGAAGGUUUUAGGCGAAUGAUUGAGAGGGAUCCUUCCUGUGUUGACGAAGUAGGAUUAUGGUACAGUCGUCGCAAGGGAUCUAGGCUGAUGGUCAAUGAACUUAGAACCCCAUUGAUGAUUGCUGCUACUUAUGGUAGCAUUGAUGUUAUGGAUCUGAUUCUUUCACUUUCUGGUUAUGAUAUUAAUAAGCCUUGUGGCCUUGACAAGAGCACAGCCCUUCAUUGUGCGGCAUCAGGUGGGGCUGAAAAUGCUUUUGAGGUUGUUAUGUUGCUUCUAGCCGCUGGGGCCGAUCCAAACUGUGUGGAUGGAAAUGGUCAUCGUCCGGUCGAUGUGAUUGUUGUUCCUCCCAAACAUAAAUCCGUUAGAAACAAUCUUGAAGCACUUCUCCAAACUGAUGACUCCAUUGCAGUGUGUAAUCUUAGGGUGAUCACGACCCCAUCAAAUGCAUCAUAUUCUCCACCUUUAUCAACUUCACCAGAUGAUGGGUCUCCUUCUGCAGCAGAUUUCCAAUUGAAGUCAAAGUUGAAUGAUGACUUUGUUUCUUCUGCAUCAGAGAAGAAAGAAUACCCUGUUGAUCCAUCCCUUCCUGACAUCAAGAAUAGCAUAUAUUCAACUGAUGAAUUCCGAAUGUAUUCUUUCAAAGUCAGACCUUGUUCGCGUGCUUACUCACAUGAUUGGACUGAAUGCCCUUUUGUUCAUCCAGGGGAGAAUGCUCGAAGAAGGGACCCGCGAAAGUACCAUUACAGCUGUGUCCCUUGUCCUGAUUUUCGGAAGGGUGCUUGCCGACGUGGAGAUAUGUGUGAAUAUGCUCAUGGUGUUUUCGAGUGCUGGCUACAUCCAGCACAAUAUCGAACCCGGCUUUGCAAGGACGGGAUAAGUUGCUCCAGAAGAGUUUGCUUUUUUGCUCACACUGCCGAGGAGCUUCGACCAUUGUAUAUUUCAACAGGUUCUGCUGUACCAUCUCCUCGCUCAAGCUCGUCAUCUGCUAUGGAUUUUGCUGCUGCCAUGAACAUGUUGCCUGGCACUCCUUCCUCGAUGUCUGUCAUGUCUCCUUCACCAUUCACUCCGCCUAUGUCACCCUCUGGAAAUGGCAUGUCACACUCAUCUGUUGCCUGGCCCCACCCACACGUACCAGCCUUACAUCUGCCAGGGAGUAAUCUUCAUUCCAGUCGGUUGAGAUCUUCAUUCAAUGCUAGAGAUAUUCCUAUGGAUGACUUUGACUUGUCUGAUUAUGAUGUUCAGCAGCAGCAGCAGCAACAGCUUCUUAACGAGUUAUCUUGUCUCUCUAAACAGCCUAAUGCUAUGAACCGCUCAGGUCGCAUUAAAACAUUGAACCCGUCAAAUCUUGAUGAGCUAUUUUCUUCUGAGAGUUCAUCCCCUCGGUUUGCUGAUCCAGCAUUGGCUUCAGCUGUUUUUUCUCCAACACAUAAAUCAGCUGUCUUUAAUCAAUUUCAGCAUCAGCAAAGCUUGUUGUCACCUGUGAACACAAAAUUUUCUCCUAAAAAUGUUGAGAAUCCAUUACUGCAGACCCCUUUUGGCAUUCAAACUUCAGGAAGGAUGUCUCCACGUAACAUGGAACCUAUUUCUCCAAUGAGCUCUCGGAUUUCUGCACUAGCUCAACGUGAAAAGCAGCAACAGUUCCGAAGCCUCAGCUCCAGAGAACUUGGCUCCAACUCUGCUACUGUUGCUGUUGCUGGUGAGUCCCAAGUGAGUUCUUUGUCAAAGUGGGGAUCUUCCAAUGGUGCAUUGGAUUGGACUGUCAAUGGAGACGAAUCAGGGAAACUUCGAAGAUCAUCCUCAUUUGAGACCGGGAAUAAUGGCGAGGAGCCAGAUUUUUCAUGGGUGCAGUCACUUGUUAAAGAGUCUCCGUCAGAGAUCAAGGAGAAUUCAGCAAAGACAGUAACAAGCGUUGCAGCAGCUGGAUCCUCCAGUGAGGUAUCGAAUAUGAGCAUGCAAACAGACACCAUUGAUCAUGCCAUGUUAGGAGCAUGGCUUGAACAAAUGCAGCUUGAUCAUCUUGUGGUUCAGCAAAAUUAAAAUGAAAAUUUUCUGACCUGAGAUAGUCAACAAAGAAAGUUUCAGUGAUAAUUAGAAUGCUCAUUUGAAGUUUUGUUUGUAUUGAUGGGAGAAGAUAACAGUAACAAUGAAAGGAAGCAGAAAAAGGAACUUCAUUAUCAAAUUUAGUGUUACAUGAGUAACUUAGGAAGCUCACAAAACCACUGGGUAGUAUUUAUGCAUCUUCUCCCAGUUUUGGCUUGCCCAUAGUUUCUAAUUUUAGCUUCACAUUCCUGUCAUUUUCUUUUUGGCCUUCCAGAAUGAGUAAAUGUUCUAUUUUUCUUCCUUUUUCAUUUUGGGUAGAAAAAAGAAACUGCGAGGGUCAUUGGAGUUAUAAUUUCCUUGAAACUCCGAUUGAUCCAGUUUUGGGAUGAAAACACAGGAUGUUGGAUAUGUUAUGUAUCAUGUAAUUUGGAACAAAUAAUAGUGGAUAUGUUAGAUAGUGGGUAAGUCAGGGAUAUUGGAUGAUUGAUACUUGGGUUAUGUAGCAUUCAAUUUAAGUUUGUUGUUGCAUUAUCAUAAUGCUAUUUUAUCUUUAAUCCAAGUUGCCUCCAUUACCUCUGUAGUUUCUGAUUGACAUAUAUAUCUUAUACCUGAACUGUGCUAAAUUUCCAA